UUUUGCUUUGUCUCUUGUUCUACUCUAAACAGAUGUGUUCGGAUCAAAGGAAUUGUGAAUAGUGAGGGCCUCGACGGCGGUGAGAAUGCCCGGCCUUGUCAACUUCUUUCUCUGCCUCAUCCGUGAGGACGGCCGCCGUCGCCGUUUCGCGGCCCGUGGCUGGCACUGCACCGUCUCCGCCGAGUCGGACGACAAGGUCACCAGGCCGCUGGCCGCGGCCCUCGACGUGGCCUCCGCGCCCAUGGACACGGCCAUCGCGCCGCUGCACACUGCGACCACGCCCCAACGGUGGCCGGCUCCGCCCAGGCAGGAGAUGGCAUCCCCGGGCCCGCGCUCACGGCUCCAACGCGGAUUCCGCCUCCGCCUCCAGCACCGGUCGACGAGACCGGCUUCUUCGUCUUCGUGCCGUUCCCAAACGGCACCGGAGGGACGACCCAAGCCGCUGGCCCGACGCCGGUCGCGCAGCCUGGAGACGCGGACGCCGGCCCGUGUCGCAGCGCCGCCGGGUCUCCGCGUGUCUCCGCCUCCGUGCCGGACGAGGCACCACCGUCCCCGCGCACGGUCGCCCGACCGCACCGCCAGGAGUCCGCGAGCAUGGAGGGACGCCGCCGCCUCUUCGGUCGCGCCAUCGCCGCCAUCGACCGCCGCCCUAGUCGUCGCUCCGGUCUCGCCCCCGAUCUACCCAACGGCGCCGCUGCAGGCGCCAUCGACGUCUCCUCAUCCGAGGAAGAUGGAGGCGCGCCAGCGAGCCGCCCGUGAGCAACGGCGUAUGCGGCGGCGGCACCCAGGCGUGGAUUUGGUCAGAAGGAUUGGGGGAUCGCUCCCCUAAUCCGCCUGGUUAAAAGGCCACCAACCUCCCCCUCUCCACUUGGACUGUGGGUCUGGCCUAGAUCGCCCCUGGCUACGGGCCGAAUUCGUAGAAUUCUUUUUCUGGAUUUUCUUCUGUUCAAUUCUUUUAACAGUAGUUGUAGCAGUAAUCUAUCACUGUUUUAGUACUGUUUAGCCUAUGUACACGUACAUUCUAGUCUGGUAUCUAGAUUUACUCUAUUUUUA